GCGGCAGCCCAGGGUCCAUUUGCGCUUCUGAGACAGAAAGAGCGCUCUUGGGGUCCUGGCCGGUCGCGCUCCCCCGGGAUGCGAGUCCUUGCACCGACGCCCGGCAGAGGCCGGCAUGGGCGCGGCUACUCUCCGAGCACAGGGAUGAAGCUGUCCUGGGGGCCCCGGCGCCCCGCCGCAGCCAGUACCGCAGGACCCUGAGGCCGCCGCCCCGAGCGCUCAGCUGCUGGGCUCUCAGAGCUGCCUGGGGCGCCCUUCCAACCACCGAACCUCCUACGGCCCUUCCUGACCCAGACCCAUGGAGCCAGCAGUGCUGGCCUCGCACAACCUCCCGCACCACGAGCCAAUCAGCUUCGGCAUUGAUCAGAUCCUGAGCUGCCCAGAGCCCCCCGGGAACGGCCUAGGCCCGGGUCACGCGGGCCAGGGCCAUGGGGAGAGUGCGGCGUUCUCGGGUGGAUUUCACGGAGCCUCAAGCUAUGGUCCCACGGGCUCUUUGGGCCCGCUACCUGGCAGCUCCGGCGUGGGCCCGGGCGGCGUCAUACGCGUCCCGGCGCACCGCCCGCUGCCAGUGCCGCCACCCGGGGGAGGCGCGCCUGCGGUGCCUGGCCCUUCGGGCUUGGGCGGAGCCGGGGGCCUAGCGGGACUCACCUUCCCAUGGAUGGACAGCGGCCGCCGCUUUGCCAAGGACCGGCUCACGGCCGCGCUCUCGCCCUUCUCUGGGACGCGCCGCAUCGGCCACCCCUACCAAAACCGGACGCCCCCGAAGCGGAAGAAGCCGCGCACGUCCUUCUCCCGCUCGCAGGUACUGGAGCUGGAGCGGCGCUUCCUGCGCCAGAAGUACCUGGCUUCGGCGGAGAGGGCGGCGCUGGCCAAGGCCUUGCGCAUGACCGACGCUCAGGUCAAGACAUGGUUCCAGAACCGACGCACCAAGUGGCGGCGCCAGACCGCGGAGGAACGCGAGGCGGAGCGGCACCGCGCAGGCCGACUGCUCCUGCACCUGCAGCAGGACGCGCUACCGCGGCCACUGCGGCCGCCGCUGCCCCCAGACCCGCUAUGCCUGCACAACUCGUCGCUCUUCGCGCUGCAGAACCUGCAGCCUUGGGCCGAGGACAACAAGGUGGCUUCCGUGUCCGGGCUAGCCUCGGUGGUGUGAACGACGCCUGCCCGACCGGCCGAGCGCUUUUCCGGACCGAGGAGCCGCGUGGAGCGCGGGGCCCAGGGCUCCCCUCGCCGUGGUCCCGAGGUAGGGCAGCGCGCGAGGAGGAGCCGGCCUUGAGGCCCUCAUCGACAGCUCCUCCACCACGGCCGGCUCCCAGGCCAGCGUGGCGCGCUUGCUCUGCACGGUGAGGUGCGGCCUUUCCCGCCGUUUUUCACUUGGACUGUCCCAUGGCUGCUGGAAACUGUGGCGCCGAGAGGGCGGGACCUGCAGUACGGGAGCCAGUGAGGUGCGGGGAGGUGGAGCGGGCUGGCCAAUGGGAGCUGCUUUCUUGAGGGACU